AUGUCAAUAUCUCAAACUAUUUCACCACAAAUUCCUCCCAAGUUUUUACUUGAGGAUGGACUUAGUGAUGAGUGUAAGACAUUGCUCUCAACUCUACGUAAACAAAGAUCAUGGCUUGCAUCACAUGAUUUCUACAAUUACCAAGGUUUUUGGCUAGAUCCAAGACUACUAGGAGGUGUGCUUGCAUGUCAACAACAAUUUCAUGCUCAACAGAGUGAUAUCAUCCUCGUAACAACUCCUAAAUCAGGAACGACUUGGGUAAAAUCACUUUUAUUUUUUCUAAUGAAUCGAAAGAAAUAUCCUAUUUUUGAACAAGAUCACCCUUUACUUGUUAAGAACCCUCAUGAUCUUGUUCCAUUCUUGGAACUCAAACUCUAUGUUGAUGGUCAACUCCCUAAUUUUUCAUCUUUUACUUCACCUAGACUCUUGGCAACUCAUUUGUCCUUUGGUUCAUUGCCAAAAUCUAUCCAUGAAUCAAGAACCAAACUUGUUUACUUAUGUAGGAAUCCUAGGGACACUUUUAUUUCUAUGUGGCAUUUUACAAACAAUUUAAAACUUGAUCACACUAACAUCAAGUCCAUUGAAGAAUGUUUUGAUCUUUUUUGCAAGGGGGUGAGCCCUUAUGGUCCGUUUUGGAAUCACGUGUUGGACUAUUGGAAAGAAAGCAUAGAAAAGCCUAACAAAGUACUUUUCUUGAUGUAUGAAGAAAUUAAAGCGCAACCCAAACUUCAACUUAAACGCUUGGCUGAAUUUUUGGAAUGUCAAUUUUUCUUGGAGGAAGAAAAAUGUGGAGUAGUUGAUGAAAUAUUAAGAAUGUGUAGCUUUGAUAAUUUAAGUAAUUUGGAGGUGAAUAGAAAUGGAAAAUUGUCGUCUGGAGAGGAAAAUAAAGUCUUUUUUCGUAGAGGGGAAGUUGGAGAUUGGAAAAAUUACUUCACUAAAGAGAUGAGUGAGAAACUCGAUCAUAUUAUUAAACAGAAGUUUCAAGGAUCUGGAUUAAGUUUUUUGUACCUUUGA